ACUUUGGAAAAAGCGGACGAGCAAACUCGGUCUAAUGAAACAUGAGUUUAUUGAUCGGAUAUUUUGGGAACUGUGAAUAUGAAUCAUAAAUCUUUUUUCCUCUGCCUAUGGAUUUGGUUCUCACAUGGUGUUAUUGGUGAUACAGAUGAAGUGAAGCCAGUGUCAGUGACUGAAGGAGAUUCUGUCUCUCUUAACUCUGGUGUCUCUGAAGUACAGAGAAAUGAUCAGAUACUGUGGAUGUUUAACAUUAACAAUUCAUACACUCGUAUUGCUGAAAUCCACAGACAGAACAUCUAUAUAGAUGAUAAUACUCUGAUAUUUGGAGACAGACUCCAGAUGGACAGUCGGACUGGAUCUCUGACCAUCAGAAACAUCAGAUCUGAACACUCUGGAGUUUAUAAAAUACAGAUCGUCAAAGCUGCUGGGAUCACAUACAAGAGUUUUUCUGUUGCUGUCUAUGCUCCUCUUUCCAUUCCUGUCAUCACCAGAGACACUUCAAACUGUUCUUCAUCAUCUUCAUCUUCAUCUUCAUCAUCAUCUAAACGUUCAUCAGUGUCCAGAUGUUCACUGCUGUGUUCAGCUGUGAAUGUGGGUGAUGUGACUCUCUCCUGGUACAAAGGAAACAGUUUAUUGUCCAGCAUCAGUGUGUCUGAUCUCAGCAUCAGUCUCUCUCUACCUCUGGAGGUGGAAUAUCAGGAGAACAACAUCUACAGCUGUGUGAUCAACAAUCCCAUCACAAACCAGACCACACAUCUGGACAUCACUCAACUCUGUCAGACAUGUCCAGGACUGAGGCAUCAUCUCAUACCACUGAUCGUUGCAGUGCUGUUUGUAAUUGUGGUUUUUGGCCUCAUGUUCAGCUGCUGGAUGAACUCUAUCAGACCAGAGAACAGGAAGCCUGAAGGAAACUGCUAA